GCAGGGAACCUUCCUGGACUCCAAGAGGUUAAAGCCGCACGAGCCGGUACCCUGGCCAGAAGGCAAGUUAGCAUCCUUUGGCUUCGGGCCGAAGGCCGUGUUCAUGGUCCUUGGGAGCGUGGACGCCUUGGACUCCCAGCCUGCCCCAAAGAAGCAGCGGACGGCCGAAAACAGCGAGGAGGAGCCGGACGUCCAGGUCGGAGCCCCGUCCUCUGGAGAUCCCAUGGCUGCACUCUAUGGAGACCUCCCAGAGGCCGCAGUGGUGGAAGCGCCCAAGGUCGUGGAGGUAAAGCGCCAGCCGCUGCCACCUCCUGCCAAGGACCCCACGAAAGUCAUAUUCCUGGACAUC